AUGGAUAACGUGGGAGCGAGAAAAUCGAAUCGUUUGAAGCAAUGGGGGCCAUAUCCACAAACGGUUGUGACGGGGCAGCAUUUGAACAAAAACAAGCAGGAUGGAAACAUACAGCAGCAUUUCUGGCCAUACCCACAUGGUGGGCAAAGUGGCGAUGGUGGUGGUGGUGGCGGUGGUGGGGGUGAGGGUGAAGGUGGUGGGGGUAGGGGUGGUGGUGGAGGUGGGGGUGAAGGUGAAGGUGGUGGGGGUAGGGGUGGUGGUGGAGGUGGAGGGGAGGGUGGUGGUGGUGAUGGUGAAGGUGAAGGUGAAGGAGCUGGUGCUUGUGAUGGUGAUUGGGUAGGACCAAAGCAUUUUGAUUGGAACAAGCAUUUUGAUUCUUGA